UGGCCCCUUGUCCAUCCGCCGCGCUUAGUAAUAUCCGCCCGCUCUCAACGGAUUAUUCGAGGCUACUCUCUUUAACUGCUCACCAAAACCAGUUUCCAUUUCCCCUUAGAUCUCUCUCCUUCAGAUCUUCGUCCUCAAAUUCAUACAUUCCACUUGCAAAUCUUCUGCAUACCAAUCUCGAAAUGCAGUCAUCAAUCUCCCUCUCAAUCUCCUCCUCUUCAUUGGCCCCACUCAGAUCAAAUUCCGCCACUGAUUUCGCUCAUUUCGCUCCUAUCAAUCUUCGUUUCUGCGGCCUCAGGCGCGAGGCCUUGGGAUUUUCAUCCCUCAAACACUCUGAUUCAAAGAGAGUUCACAUCUCAGCUGGUUCGAGUUCCAGGCGGAAGGUCUUUGCUGCUCUCUCCGGCAAUGGAAGUCCCUCCAAAUUUGACUACGAUUUGCUCAUUAUUGGAGCUGGUGUUGGUGGUCAUGGAGCAGCGCUUCACGCUGUCGAGAAGGGUCUGAAAACUGCCAUUGUGGAGGGAGACGUGGUGGGAGGAACAUGCGUAAACAGAGGAUGUGUUCCUUCUAAAGCUCUUCUGGCUGUAAGUGGAAGGAUGCGUGAACUUCAGAAUGAACAUCACCUGAAGGCUUUGGGUCUGCAGGUAUCAGCUGCUGGAUAUGAUAGACAAGGAGUGGCUGAUCAUGCCAAUAAUCUUGCUUCAAAAAUUCGUAAUAACUUGACCAACUCGAUGAAAGCGCUUGGAGUGGAUAUACUGACAGGCGUUGGUACAAUUUUGGGUCCUCAAAAGGUGCAGAUUGGUUCUUCUGACAAAAUAGUUACUGCAAAAGACAUAAUCAUUGCUACUGGUUCUGUCCCAUUUGUUCCGAAGGGCAUUGAAGUUGAUGGGAAAACUGUUAUUACCAGUGACCAUGCACUAAAACUGGAAUUUGUUCCUGAGUGGAUCGCCAUUGUUGGGAGUGGCUAUAUUGGCCUUGAGUUCAGCGAUGUGUACACUGCCCUAGGAAGUGAGGUUACCUUUAUUGAGGCGCUUGAUCAGCUUAUGCCUGGUUUUGAUCCUGAGAUUGGAAAAUUGGCCCAGAGGGUUCUAAUAAAUCCACGAAAAAUUGACUAUCAUACUGGAGUAUUUGCAUCUAAGAUUACUCCAGCAAAGGAUGGGAAGCCAGUUACUAUAGAGCUUAUAGAUGCAAAGACUAAGGAACUUAAAGAUACUUUAGAGGUAGAUGCAGCAUUGAUUGCAACUGGAAGGGCCCCAUUCACCAACGGCCUUGGAUUAGAGAAUAUCAAUGUGGCCACACAACGUGGUUUUAUUCCUGUUGACGAGCGCAUGAGAGUGAUUGACGCAAAUGGAAAACUGGUUCCUCAUGUGUACUGCAUAGGCGAUGCAAAUGGGAAGAUGAUGCUUGCUCAUGCAGCCAGCGCACAGGGCAUUUCGGUGGUUGAACAAGUUACUGGAAGGGAUCACGUGCUCAAUCAUUUAAGCAUCCCUGCAGCUUGUUUCACUCAUCCCGAAAUUAGUAUGGUUGGACUAACUGAGCCUCAAGCCAGGGAGAAAGCCCAGAAGGAGGGAUUUGAAGUAAGUGUUGCCAAGACAAGUUUUAAGGCAAACACAAAGGCCCUUGCAGAAAAUGAAGGAGAGGGGCUAGCCAAGCUAAUAUAUAGACCCGAUAAUGGAGAGAUACUUGGAGUUCAUAUUUUCGGAUUGCACGCUGCAGAUCUGAUCCACGAAGCAUCAAACGCAAUAGCACUAGGAACACGCAUUCAGGAUAUUAAAUUAGCGGUUCAUGCACAUCCAACCCUAUCCGAGGUGCUCGAUGAACUAUUUAAAUCAGCUAAGGUCGAAGCUCAUGUUCCGAUUGCAGGAGUUCAGAGAAACUACACGAUCUCUAGAUGGAGGAGUGAUCAGCAGGAACAUCACAAUACUGGAAGAAACAACCUAGUGUUUAACCUAGUGUUUAGAGAAUUAGCAGACGUCGUACGGUUGGUUUGGUCCAAAAUAUUUUAGUAUCUCUGUCAUUCUUAUAUUAUUGAUUUAAUCCAUGCCUUACAAAUGGAACAUAAAUCUGCAACUGCUUCUUCUUUUAGAUGUGUUUUUGCUUGUGAUUUUGGCAAAUAAUUUAGAAAUAUGAAGCCAUAUUAGUUGAUAAUGUAGCUGACAGACAUUUACACUUUGGUUCA